CCUGCGCAGUUAGUCGCACCCGCGGCGCGUGGAGACUGCUAGUUGCUCCGCGAGUCACGCUUGAGCCCCGGCUCCUGAGCGCGCGCGGCGCUGGUGCACCAUGUCGUGGCUCUUCGGUAUCAAGGGCCCUAAGGGCGAAGGCACAGGCCCUCCGCUGCCCUUGCCGCCCGCGCAGCCCGGGGCGGAGGGUGGCGGCGACCGUGGUGCGGGCGACCGGCAAUCGCCCAAGGACAAAUGGAGCAACUUCGACCCGACAGGCCUGGAGCGUGCGGCCAAAGCGGCGCGCGAGUUGGAGCACUCCCGCCAUGCCAAGGAAGCACUGAGUCUCGCACAGAUGCAGGAGCAGACACUGCAGCUGGAACAACAGUCCAAGCUCAAGGAGUAUGAAGCUGCUGUGGAACAACUGAAGAGCGAACAGAUCCGCGUGCAAGCCGAAGAAAGAAGGAAAACUCUGAGUGAAGAGACCCGGCAGCAUCAGGCUAGGGCCCAGUACCAGGAUAAGCUAGCUCGACAACGCUAUGAGGACCAGCUAAAGCAGCAGCAAUUUCUGAAUGAAGAGAAUUUGCGCAAACAAGAGGAGUCUGUGCAGAAGCAGGAGGCUAUGCGGCGAGCAACUGUGGAGCGAGAGAUGGAGCUGCGGCAUAAGAACGAGAUGUUGCGGGUGGAAGCUGAAGCCCGAGCACGGGCCAAGGCUGACAGAGAGAAUGCAGACAUCAUCCGGGAGCAGAUUCGCCUCAGGGCUGCUGAGCACCGCCAGACUGUCUUAGAGUCUAUCAGGACAGCUGGAACCUUGUUUGGUGAAGGAUUCCGUGCCUUUGUGACAGACUGGGACAAAGUGACAGCCACGGUGGCUGGAUUGACACUAUUGGCUGUUGGAGUCUAUUCUGCCAAGAACGCUACCGCAGUUGCUGGUCGGUAUAUCGAGGCCCGAUUGGGAAAGCCAUCCCUGGUGAGGGAGACCUCCCGCAUCUCAGUGCUGGAGGCGUUGAGGCAUCCCAUCCAGGUCAGCAGGCGGCUGGUCACCAGGCCUCAGGAUGCAUUGGAGGGCGUCAUCCUUAGUCCUAGCCUGGAGGCACGGGUGCGAGACAUUGCCAUCGCAACAAGAAAUACCAAGAAGAACAAAAGCCUCUAUAGGAAUGUUCUGAUGUACGGGCCACCAGGGACUGGCAAGACACUGUUUGCCAAGAAACUCGCACUACAUUCAGGCAUGGACUACGCCAUCAUGACAGGCGGGGACGUGGCCCCCAUGGGGCGAGAGGGUGUGACUGCCAUGCACAAAGUCUUUGACUGGGCAAGCACCAGCCGACGAGGCCUCCUGCUCUUUGUGGAUGAAGCAGAUGCCUUCCUCAGGAAGCGAGCGACUGAAAAGAUAAGUGAAGACCUCAGGGCUACCCUGAACGCAUUCCUCCACAGAACAGGACAGCACAGUAGUAAGUUCAUGCUGGUCCUGGCCAGUAACCAGCCUGAACAGUUUGACUGGGCCAUCAAUGAUCGUAUUGACGAGAUGGUCUGCUUUGCCCUGCCACAGCGGGAGGAGCGAGAGCGCCUGGUGAGAAUGUAUUUUGACAAGUAUGUCCUUAAGCCGGCCACAGAAGGAAAGCAGCGCUUGAAGGUGGCCCAGUUUGACUAUGGAAAGAAAUGUUCAGAGGUUGCCCAGCUGACAGAAGGAAUGUCAGGCCGGGAGAUUGCUCAGCUUGCUGUAGCAUGGCAGGCCAUGGCAUAUGCCUCUGAAGAUGGGGUCCUCACGGAGGCCAUGAUAGAUGCCCGAGUGCAGGAUGCUGUUCAGCAGCACCAGCAGAAGAUGCAGUGGCUUAAAGCAGAGAGGCCGGAUGCUGAACAAGCCAGCAAGCCAGCGAGUCCUUGAUGCCUCAGCUGCUGAGCCAGAACUGGCCACCUUGUACACCGACUCUGCAAGAGGUCAGCAGUGCCCUGGCUGCCUCUGCCCAGCUGUAGGGUGCUGGUGCUGUCAGCGUCUAUGCCUCCCACACCUCGCCUGUGUCUCUCCGUGAGUGCUGGCAGCAGAAGGCAGAGUGCCUUCCUGCCCCACAGUGCACUGGUGAGGCCUGUCUGCAGGGCUGGGUCAAAGGAGAGAGGAAGCAGAGUGCCGCACCGCAAGCUAGUGGCUAUGCCGACAGCACUGGGGCCUGCCGGGACCAGACUGAAGGCAGGGAGGGCCCUCUGCUUCCUGGACAUUGCUUCUGCCGUGUAGACAUCUGUGCCAAGAAUUGGCCCAGCCCUUACUUGGUAGGGUGGAUCUGGUGCUAGACGGCCCCUGGCCAGUGACAUCCAGGAUGCAGAGCUGCCACCUUGCCCCUGGCUGGAUCUGGGCCUUUUGCAUCCAGAAUCUUAAUAAAACUGUGACUGAC